AUGCUGUGCUACCGGAAGCGCACGAGAAAAGAGCUGAGGGAGGUGGCAUGGGACCAGUGGUUGUCAAGUCCUAUCCCUAAGGCUGGGUGGUCGCCAUUUGCGUGCCGGAGUUGCUUCCGCGAGGGCGAGCCUGUCCCGCUUCAUAGACGUCUCGGUUGUGAGCACACGUUCCCGGAUGAGCUCAAGGGCCUGACGCCGGUGGAGGAGAAGCUGAUCGCGCUGAACUCGUGCUACGGAUUCCACGUCAAGGGCCACAUCACGGUGUUCCCAAACAACGUAAUGGACGAGAUCCACGUCUCGUGGCAGGGGGCGCUAAGGCCGACACCGAGCGAUCUGUCGAGUCUCCUAUCGGUGAGGCGGCGAGUCGUCGAGAGAGCCCUUGUCUGGUUGAAGAGGAACAACCCCCACUACGCCGCGAUCGAGAUCGACGCGGCAGAGAUGGAGAGCUGGGGAGACCCGGCCCACGGGGUGCCGCCGUUGGUGUACGAGCGCCUGGAGCGGAACGAGCCGUCGGCGUGGGAGAAGACGCGGACGGCGCACGUCGUGCCGCCCACGGAGCGGGCCAUGGACGACGAGGGGGCGGUGGAGAUCGAAGAAGUCCUCGCCAUGCUCAACCAAGGGGGAAAGCACGACGAGUCGCGAGGCCGGCGAGCCAGAGGCAAGCGAGGUGGACGAGGGAUGUUUGCGUUGGACGGACCGCCCGACGUGGCCGACGUCGACAAGCUGCGCAUGCUGAGCGUGACGAGGAAGAACUUCCGCAAGGUGGAGCGCAUCGUACGGUCGCUGACCGCAGACGGUAUGCGGCACAAGAUCCUGGCGCUCAUCGUCCGCUACGGCGUGCCUGCGAUCUGGUUCACGAUCAACCCAAACGACAUCACGAACCCGGUGAAGCUCCGACUGGCAGCGUACCGCACGCGCGACCCUGAGGCGGCCGAGGAGUUCCUGCGGAGCCUCGAUAUGUCGUUCAAACGGGUGAGGCUGUCCGUCUCCGACCCGAUGAGCUCAGCCAUGUUCUUCCACCGGGAGAUGACGCUGUUCUUCGAGCAUUACGUAAAUGCAGGGGAGUCGGUGUUCGGGCGCAUCGGCCACUACUACGGUGCCGUGGAGACCAACGAACGAGGAUCCCUUCACGUCCACGGGCUGCUCUGGUUACACGGAAACGCGCACCUGAGCUCCAUGCUUUCCGACGCCCACGGGGAGGAGCAGGCGGCGUACCGUGAGCGAAUCAUCCGCUAUGUCGAUAGCGUCUUCUGUGAGGACUUGGACCAGGAAGGCUUCUGCGCCGUGCAGGCGGAGCGUUCGGUGACGUCUGACGUCUCAUCCCUGCUGGACAGUGCCGAGCAGUUCUCGGCCGGAUUCGAAGAGGAAGCCAACUUCUGCGCCGGCGCGACGCAGAUCCACACCCACAGCCCGACAUGCGUCAAGUACUCCCUGGGCAACAAGGGGCGAAGGGGCGACCUCUGUCGCUUCAAGGCGCCAUGGAAGCUGGUCGAGGAGACGACGCUCUCACAGGACGGCGUGCUGCGGAUCCGCAGGACGCAUCCCAUGGUGAAUCGGUGGAACAAGGCCAUCGCCGUGGGGCUCCGCCACAACCACGACAUCUCCUUCAUAGCGACGCAGCGGAAGACCAUGGCUCUCGUCUAUUACGUGACGAAUUACGCGACCAAGGUAGAGGACCCGACGUGGAAGCGCGUCGCCGCGGCCGCGGAACUGCUGCCCGUCGUCGCAGCAGGUGGCCAGCCGGGUGCCAGGGAGGAUGCCGGAAAUGGCGUCGUCGGCGGCGACGACGGAACCAAGAAUAAUAAGACGCGGCAGUUUCUGAUGAGAGUGGCGAACAGGAUAUUCACGGAGCGCGCCCUGUCGCAAGUCGAGGUCGUCGCCCAUCUCCUGGGAUACCCGAGCGAGUUCACGAGCAGCAGCGCCUGGGCGUACCUGAACGUGUCGGUGCUCUACUGGCACGUCUCCAGGCGCUGGCGACACCUUCGGCAGGAGAGCGGCACCGCGGUCGCAGACGUGUCCGUGGACGAGUCGGUCGCCGUGGAGGAAGCAGGCGAGAGGAUCAGCUUCGCCGAGGCGUACCAUCAUCGCGGACACGUCCUACGAGGCUUGUGCCUAUAUGACUAUGUUUCGCUCGUCAGGCUCCAACGCGUCGGCAAGGACGGGUGCUCCGGUGCCUGGGGAGAGGUGCCUUUCGAGAGCGGCUGGGUGGCCGGCAAAGACUGGGUGCAGGUAUUGAGGCGGCCAGGAAAGCACGCCGUCGUCUGCCUUGACGGCCACCUUAGCAAGGAUUUCGAGCAAGACGACGAGGAACAAUGCCACCGCCGAGCAGCCGUGCAGCAUCUUGCCCUAUUCGCGCCGUGGAGACCUUUCUUAGCGAAGAGCGAGGCGACAUCAACGAGAUAUGGAGGCGCGCACGAGAGCGGCUUCCGCCAAGAACCUCGUGCCUCGUCGAUAACGUUCAACUACUCCGGCGGUCCGCCGAGGACGCAAAGCGAGACGCCAAGCAAUGGGCAGCGUCGUCCGGCGACGGGGAUCCGGCCGGCGCACCUGGCGAUUGGGGAGGAUGGGGAGGGGCCGGGCGAGGCGGACCGCGAGGCGGGAUCCGCGUACCAGUCCGACAACGUCGGAAACGCAACGCGACUGAUCGAUGUCGUUAGAAGCGCGACCGGCGCGAACCAGAUCACGGCGGGGUCGCGGGAGCUUUCGGGAAUGAUGCAGCAGCCAGCGGAGCGGAGCGUGCUCGCCGGCUUCGGGGAGGAAGACGUCCAGGUGACGCGAGUGGAAACCGAGGAGAGGGCAGGCGAUUGCCUUCUCCAUAAUAUGCCGCCACCUGGACUCGAUGCGGCAGGAGACGGAGGCGACGUCAGCCAGCUCUGUCAGUUCGUCGGCGGCGAGGGCGGCACCGGCAAGUCGCGCGUCAUCGAAGCACUCGUGGGCCUCUUCGCCGCGAAGGACCUCUCGCAUCGCCUGCUGAUCACGGCGACGUCGGGGACCGCCGCCGCGCGGGUCAACGGCAUCACCAUCCACUCGGCCUGCGGCUUCACCAAGGACCAAGGGCCGGGCGCGAACACGGCGAGGACGUCGACGGCGUGCGGUUGCCGAGGCAGGCGGAGCGCGGGACUUCGGCGGAUCCCCAUCGUCCUCUUCUGCGGGGACUUCCACCAGUUCCGCCCGGUCCAGGAGAGGUCGAUCCUGCUGCCGAGCGCGGCCGUCUCGUGGGACGAGGACAACUCGUUCAGGGCCGAGCAGCGCCACCAGCACGACAAGGCGCACGCGCUGUGGAGGCGGUUCACGACGGCCGUCAUGCUGGACGAGCAGAUGCGCGCCGCCGGCGACCCGGAGCUGCAGCGGCUGCUGAAGCGGAUCCGCGGGGGCGUGCAGGACCACACGGACCUGGAUCUCCUCAACUCGAGGUGCCACCGGGAAGGCAGGCGGAUCCCGUGGGAGACGGGCAUCACCGUGGUGACGCCGCUCAACAGGAAUCGGUGGAACCUCAACAUGGAGGCGAGCCUGGCGUUCCAGAUCCAGCAGCGGUCGACGGUGCGCAUCUUCCUCUCCGAGCACAAGUGGAAGGACGGCCUGCCGACCGAGGAAGAGGCCAUCAUGAUGCUGAACCAGGGCGACGACAGCGCGAUCCCGGUGCCGGCCGUCUUCAUGUUCGUGCCGGGGAUGCCGGUCGUCGUGAACCACAACACCCACCAGGGGCUGAAGCUGGUGAACGGUGCUAGCUACACGGCGGUGGAGGUCAUCGUCGACAAGGCGCACCGGGGCAUCGGAUCUCGGCCGACAUGA